CAAACCCAGCGCACACUCAUUCUGGAGCACGCAUGACAUCUCGUCUGGAUCUGGAUUAAGGUCACAUAAUCCAGAGAGUUUGGUAAAGAGUUGGGAUCAGAAUUUGUAUAGCAUCGAAUUAGUCAAAGACAGCGAUGGUAUUUCUGACAUUGUCGAAUUGGAUCCGAAAUCGUGGACCUGAUAGAUACUGGAAGGUUCAAGAAGUUCUCAAAAAUGCACGGCAUUUCAGAGGGAGAAAAAAUCGAUGCUACAGUCUGGCUGUACGGGCAGUGAGAAGGGCUUUUGUCUACGCCACCAAGGCUCGCAAAGCUAAAAGACGCAACAUGCGAUCGCUCUGGAUCUCGCGCAUUGCUGCAGCAUCUCGGGAGCAUGGCAUGAAGUAUCCUGUCCUUAUGCACAACCUGGUGAAGAGCAGUGUCCCGGUGAAUCGGCGUGUUCUUAGUGAUCUGGCCAUCACAGAGCCUCGGUCAUUCCUCUCUCUGGCAAAGCUGGCCAGAAUGCGACAACAGGAAGGGUUCAGAUCAGCUUUGGGUGAUGGCAAAGAGCCUCCUGGCAUCUUCUCACGUGUUGUUUUACUACAAUGAUUUUGCCACAACCUUACAUACCGCACAUGGAUCUCAGUAACAUUUGGUGAUUACCACAAUUUUUCCUAGUCUAACCAACCUAGUAACUAUUCACUGUCAUCUCUCAUAAAUCCUCUUUGAACCAUGACAUCAAGAUGGAUGAUUGUGACUGUAAUGUCUGUACCACAUGUGUUAUCUAUUUAGGGAUGAAAUGAUGCUCUUCUGACUGAGUGACAGACCAGACCCUUGUUUGCAAUGCCUUUGUCUUUAUGUACAUAUGUGUCAAUUGUCUACUUUAAUUGUUAUGUUGAAAAACAAUUAUGUGAAAGGUAAUUAAACAUUUUGCUAUA